AUCCAGCUUCCUCCACUUCACUCUCCUCAUCUCCUGGGACUCCUUGCUUGUGUGGAAGAUGUCCUGCUCCAGCCUGUGUGCCCCUGCAUGUGGGGUGGCCACCCCGGCCCCACUGGCUGACAGCUGCAACGAGCCCUGCGUGCGCCAGUGCCCUGACUCCACUGUGGUGAUCCAACCCCCGGCCACCGUGGUCACCUUCCCUGGGCCCAUCCUCAGCUCCUUCCCACAGAAUGCUGCUGUUGGCUCAGCAGGAGUCCCCGCCAUCGGAUCGGGCAUGGGUGGCACCUUUGGACGCAGUGCCGGUUUUGGUGGCUAUGGAGGCCUGGGAGGCUAUGGAGGCUUUUAUGGCCUUGGUGGCUAUGGGGGCUAUGGAGGCUUUGGUAGCUGUGGAUACGGUGGCUGGCGCCGAGGCCUCAGUUACCUCAGUGGCAGCUGUGGGCCCUGCUAAGCACAGCUCCGCCUCCAGCCGUGGUUGAAGGAAAAAUCUGGAGAAGCCUCAACACAUCCUCACCUGAUGCGGUGAGGAUGGUCUCCCCUUCGGCAUCACAGUGCUCCGGAUUUUGGCCAUCUAGGGCCUGCAUAGGGUCCAACUCUGCCUUCCUCUUCUCCGCUUCAGCUUCACUUCAGGACUUGCUACGCUGUUAUGAUGCAGCUCUUUGCUGGCUGCUUGUUCCUGUCACUCUGACCUUGGUAAGGACAUGAGGACAGCCUCUGACCAGCGGCUGCCCUCUGCCACCUCCCUCCUCCUCCCCUGUAUCUGAAAUAAAAGCUCUCUUGCACUGCA